AUGACCUACCAAUUACAACAACAAUGAAACCAACUACUACAGCAAUACCAACUACAACAAACACACCAAGAAUGACAACAAAAAGGACUACAACAAUAACACAAACAACAACGAUGACGACGACGACGACGCCUACCACAACGACGACGUCACCUACAACAUUGGCGUCUAUGCCUACUACAACAUCGACGACGCCUACCACAACAUUACCAACCAAACUGCCAAAAUCAACAACAGAGAAAUCAGGGACCAUUAUGUUUACAACUAUAGAUGGCACUCAUGCAACUAAUACAACAUUGCCCUCUACCCCUACACAUAACAAUAUACCAGCUAUAGUGGGUUUGGUACUAGGACUCAUGGCCCUACUGAUUCUAAUAAUUGUCAUAGUUUACAUGUUCAGGAGACAUAAAAAUAAGCAGAAUAAAGGCACACAGAAGAUCAACAAUGCAAAUGAUUCCAUUAAAACACCUCCACUUAAUCCAGUUGGGAUUCAAAAUGUACAAGACGGGUAUGAGGUUCCUAUUGCAGAUCCUAGGUACGAGGCUCUUGCAAUAGAUAACCAUGCAUAUGAGUCCAGGGAAAAUGUUUAUAGCAAGUUAGCUAAAUAGACAGAUAAUAUAUUUUGUAUUGGGAGGCAAAAAAGACAAGAUAAUGUAGUUCCUGAUGCAUAUAUAUGGACAAUGAAGUUAAUGACUCAAGAACAUUCAAGUUAAUUCAGUAUAAUUAUGAGAACCCUCAAACUAUACUGGAACUCAUACUUAAUAUAUGUUGUGAAAUCACUGUUUCAGAGUCAUAUCUCACAUGUAAGUUUCAUCCUUGUAUUUUUCAACUUAACUUACUUGUAUGAUGAAUUGAGACUGUACAGGUCUAUGGUCACUGUCAGUGUAUAGCUGGCCAUCUAGUCUUGUAUAGGACCUCUGAUCAACACUCAACGUUUGAUUUUGAAAAGCAUCAUCAUGGACCAUCCACAAUAUUCUGUCAGUCCAUGCAGGCUUCCUUUGUUUUUUGCUAAAAAUACACAUAUAAGUGUUUAUGAGUUAAAAUAGACUAUAACCAAAACUUACAUCAUAAUUAAUAUGUACAAUCACAAGUGAAUAAACAAUAUGAAAUAUUUUACUCUGAUAUAUUUGAGCUAUUUACUCGUGUUUCUGUUUAUUGUG